CGGCGCCGUCUCGAGAGCCCCGCGCCCCUCACUCUCCGCUUGGCUGUCGGGAUGCGCGGCCCGGCCCCUGCUGCCCUGGAGCAGUGAGACAGCCACCCCGGCCGCCGACGCAGUAGGCGGUGAAGCACCGACCUUCCAGCCGGGCCGGCGCGUGACUGCUGGACCCCAGGCGCGGCGGCGACGUAGCACGUGACUCGGGAGGCUGCGCACAGUCGCCGCCUAGAAGUCCUUGUUCUGCCCACUGUGUGCGGUGACAUCCCGAUGGGCUGCCAGCUCACCAAGUGUCGUUUGCCUUCGCCGUUCAGUGGCUGGCAGACUUUUCCUGGAAAGCACUAGCGUUUCGUGCAGACACCUACAGGCGGCCAGGGUCAGGAGCAGAGGUCCCUUCCAUCUAAGUGCUCUGUCCGCGGGGCCAUUUCCCCAGGGGGUGGCGCCCUCUGGGUGACAGUGGCGCAUCUUCUCCCUCGAGCCUCCUUGGUCACUGGGCUCUCGGAAUGCAGAGUGAAGCAGGGUUCCUGACGAGGGGCCGGUUCUCUGUGAGAUACCGACGACACUUGCUGCAUAUGGUCACCGGAAACAAGGGGGGAAGUGACCAUGUACUUACAAAGUGUGUCCGCAGUGUCCAACACGGAUUAAGCACUCGGAGAACAUGAGUGGCUGGUAGUACAGGUUACCAGGUGACGGGGGUGUUCAUGAAGAACUGGGACGCGUUGGAGGAGCAGGGCGUUUGCACAGCUGACAGAGACUGCGAGGACGCCUACCGGGUCUGCCAGGUCCUGGACAUCCCCUUCCACCAGGUGUCCUACGUGAAGGAGUACUGGAACGAAGUGUUCAGCGAUUUCCUGAGUGAGUACGAGAAAGGGAGGACGCCCAACCCGGACAUCGUCUGCAACAAGCACAUCAAGUUCAGGUGCUUCUUCGAUUAUGCUCUGGGUAAUCUGGGAGCAGACGCGGUUGCCACGGGCCACUACGCGAGGACCUCCCUGGAAGACGAAGAAGUCUUUCAGCAGAAGCACAUCAAGAGGCCAGAAGGGCUUUUCAGAAACCGAUUCGAGGUUAGAAAUGCGGUACAGCUUCUCCAGGCAGCCGACAACCUUAAAGACCAGACCUUCUUUCUCAGCCAGGUUUCCCAGGAGGCCCUGAGGAGAACCCUCUUCCCUCUGGGGGGGCUAACGAAAGAUUUUGUAAAGAAAAUAGCUGCUGAGAAUGGACUUCGCCACGUGCUUCAGAAAAAGGAGAGCAUGGGCGUCUGCUUUGUUGGCAAGAGAAACUUUGAAAACUUCAUUCUCCAGUACCUGCAGCCGCGGCCCGGAAGGUUCGUCUCCAUAGAAGACGGCAGAGUGCUGGGAGCGCACAAAGGCUGGUUCCUGUUCACUCUGGGCCAGAGAGCCAACAUAGGCGGCCUGCGCGAGCCCUGGUACGUGGUGGAGAAGGACGGCACCAAGGGUGACGUGUUCGUGGCCCCCCGGACGGACCACCCGGCCCUGUACAGGGACCUGCUGCGGACCGGCCGUGUGCACUGGAUCGCGGAAGAGCCACCCGCAGCCCUGGUCCGGGACAAGAUGAUGGAGUGCCACUUCCGCUUCCGCCACCAGAUGGCGCUAGUGCCCUGCGUGCUGACCCUCAAUCAAGAUGGCACCGUGUGGGUGACGGCGGUGAAGGCCGUGCGAGCUCUCACCCUGGGGCAGUUCGCCGUGUUCUACAGCGGGGGCGAGUGCCUGGGCAGCGGGAAGAUCCUGCGCCUGGGGCCGUCUGCCUACACCCUGCAGCGGGGCAGGAGCCGGCCUGGAGCGGCCGCCGAGGGCCCCGGCGAUGGCCCGGGCUCCGGCCCUGAGCACCAGAGUGGACGUGGAGGAGCCGAACCCGGGCCGGGCAGCUAGGGGCUCGGCCCUGUGGCGACCAGGGGGCCUGGCUGGGUCUGCCGCCCCCCCCCCCGGGAAGGGCCAGCGGGACUUGCUGCCGCGGAUUCCGUCCCAGGUGCCCCGUCCACAGGGCUCCUCUUUCCUCCCCCAGGGAAGGUUCCCACCCCGGAGCACCUGGAGGGCUGGAGGGACAGCGUUGAAUAAAAUUUCUGUCCAGCA